AUGGGUAACUGCUUGUCAACUCGCAAGAGACGUGAUGAAGAUAAUGAAGUUAAGAAACCUUUCAAGAAAAAGAGAAAACUUAAGUUCAAACGAUCUAAAAACAAAAAGAAAUCAAGUGAACGCCUUACAAGUGAGAACAAGUUAGUUUCAACAGCAGACGAAAAAACGGAUGCUGUAAGUCAGAAUAGAGAUAAACACAAAAGAUCAAAUGAAAGUAUCUCUAGUUCAUCAAGUGAUGCAACUGACAAUGGAAGCAGUCACACAGAUUCAAAGUCUAGUAUAGAUACCCAAAUCAACAUUGACAAUGACAAUGAACAAAGGGCGGAUAAUCAAGCAAUCAACCAACCAACAAAUGCGAAUAUACCUGUUAAAGAACACGGCGAUAUUCCUACUGAAGCCAAGCAAUUAUUAAUAUCCGAAAAUGGUGAGGCAAAGAAUAUUCAAGGCACUGUAAAUGGUGUGAAUGACAGGGAAGUCAUUAGCAAUAAAUAUGCAGAAAAUGCACAACAGAAAGGUGACAAGGAAACAACAGUAACUCCUUGGGCAGUUGGUGACAGAUCACAAAGAAAACUAAGUGCAUCUAGCAGAUCAUCAGAUGGCUCCAAAUCUAUGUCUUCAGAUAAAGCAAGUGUGGAUGAGACAGAGGAUGUCAUCCCACCCCAACGAUUAACAGAACAAGAUGACAAAGGAACACAGGACAAUAAUAAAAAGAUCCCAGUCAUCGAGCCAGCAAAUGUAACACCGGAACUAGGAGAGGAUCAGUCUAGUGUUAAUAGUAAGGACAAACCAGAUGAUGGAAGAAAAAGUGAUGUCUUAAGUGAGACCAGUUAUGUGGAAGAAGUGAAACCAGAUCUGGAAGAAGAUCUGCCCAGUGAUGAUGCUCAAGUGGUUGUAGCUAAACCUACAAAAACAGCUGCCAAUGAAGAAACUAAAUCUUCUCAUUCAGGCUUAUCCAGCAGUGAUGAGGAGUUAACAGACGAUGAUAAGGAUUCAAGAAAACCAACUAAAGAAAUAGAAACGCCCGAAGAACAAGAUAUAGCUUAUGAAAAGACCAGUGAGACUGUUGAAGAUGAGGUCAAACCAGAUAAUAACGCCAGUGAGUCCAUGGAGGAUGAGGUUAAACCAGAUGAUAAAACCAGUGACACAACUGAAGAUAAGGUCAAACCAGACGAUGGAAGCAAUGGUGAUGUCUCAGGUAAAAUCAGUGACACUGAAGAAGUGAAACAAGAACUUGAAGAAGAUCAACCCAGUGAUAAUGCUGAAGUGGUUGUAGCUGAACCUACAGACAAAAUUGUUGACGAACAAACUAUCACUGAAGUACCAGAACAGGAAACCACACCAACCGAAAAAGUAAUUGAUGCAGGUGAUAAAACCACACCAACUGAAGAGUUAAUUGUUGUUGAAAAGGAAAUGACUUCAUCUGCAUCACCAAAAUUUAGCACAAAAAGUGACUCUAGUACAAGCAGUGAUGAGGAAAAAGCAAAGGAAACUGAAAAAGGCAGCGAGUCAAAAUCGCCUCUUAAAAAGAUUUUUAGAAAGAAAAGUUCAUCAAGCUCGUCUUCAAAAAGUUCAAAAUCUUCUCAUUCAAGCUCAUCAAGCAGUGACGAGGAGUCAACAGAUGAUGAUAAGGAUUCAAGAAAACCAACAAAAGAAAUAGAAACACCCAAAGAACAAGAUGUCGCUGAUGAAAAGACCGGUGAGACUGUUGAAUAUGAGGUCAAACCAGAUGAUAAAGCUAGUGACACAAUUGAAGAUAAGGUUAAACUAGAUGAUGACACUGAAGAAGUGAAACCAGAACUGGAAGAAGAUCAGCCCAGUUCUAAUGCUGAAGUGGUUGUACCUGAACCUACAGACACAAUAGUUAAAGAACAAACUAUCGCUGAAGCACCAGAUCAGGAAACUGAUGCAGGUGAUGAAACCACACCAACCGAAAAAGAAAUUGAAGCAGGUGAUAAAACCACACCAACUGAAGAGGUAAUUGUUGUUGAAAAGGAAAUUAUUUCAUCUGCAUCACCAACAUUUAGCACAAAAACUGACUCCAAUACAAGCAGUGAUGAUGAAAAAACAAAGAAAACAGAAGAAGGCAGCGACUCAUCAAGCAGUGAUGAGGAGUCAACAGAUGAUGAUAAGGAUUCAAGAAAACCAACAAAAGAACUAGAAACACCCGAAGAACAAGAUGUAGCUGAUGAAAAGACCAGUGAGACUGUUGAAGAUGAGGUUAAAUCAGAUGAUAACGCCAGUGAGUCAGUUGAAUAUGAGGUUAAACCGGAUGAUAAAACCAAUGACACAACUGAAGAUAAGGUUAAACCAGAUGAUGGAAGUGAGGAUGAUGUCUCAGGUAAACUCAGUGACACUGAAGAAGUGAAACCAGAACUGGAAGAAGAUGAGCCCAGUGAUAAUGCUGAAGUGGUUGAACCUGAACCUACAGAAACAAUUGUUGAAGAAAAAACUAUUACUGAAGCACCAGAACAAGAAACUGGUGGAGGUGAUGAAACCACAUCAACUGAAGAAGUAAUUGUUGUUGAUAGCGACAUAAUAUUAGCUGCAACACCUCAUUUGGGCAAAGAAUCUGACUCAGGCACAAGCAUGGAUGAGGAAAGAGCAAAUGAAAGAUUUUGCAGAAAAAACAGUUCUUCUAGCAGUUCCUUAGACAGUUUUAAAUCUUGCCGUUCAAAUUCACCAAAUAGUGAUGUGGAAUCAGUAGAUGGUGAAAGGAAUUCUGGAAAAUCAAAUGCGCAAAAAGAAUCUCUUGAAGAACAAGAUGUAGCUGGUGAAAAAAACAAUAAGUCCAUUGAACAUGAAGUUAAUCCAGUCACUGAAGUUCAUGGUCCGAAAACGGAGGCUAAAUACUUAGAUAGUACGAUUGUAUCUGAUGAUGUAAAUCUAGAAUUGCAAACAAGCUCAUCAAUUGAACAAAGCAGCAUUGACAAAGCUCUUGCUGGGAGUGAUGCAAUAAUGGAAAAGAGUUUGAAAAAAGGAGAUACUCAAUAUUCGAAAAGACGCAAGUCAAGCAGUUCAUCCACUUCAAGCUCCUACAGUGAAUUAGAUUAG